GAACUCAAGACCUCUCAGAUAUGUAAGGUAGCCAAGAAUCAAAAGGAAAUGAAGGGCUCCAAGAAGGAUAAUUCAUCUCAAUCAGCCUGCAACUUCAUUCUGAUGAUGGAGCUUAGGAAAAAAAUUAUAACAUUUAGGGACAUCAUUGACCUACCACCUUGUAGUACCUCUGUUUCCACAGAUCAGCUGCUGCUAGGGACAAUGAAAGAUCUCCAUAAGUUCUACCCCGAAAGCAUACCCCACUUCCAUGUGUCAGAAUUGAAAGGAUUACCUCUUGAUGAGGUGCUGAUCUACUUUUGCAAGGCAUUGCAAAACCUUGGAGACACAUCAAAGGUGAGCGAUGAGUGGAUAGACAAAUGCAAAUAUGAUAUAUAUGAAAAUGACAAAUGCGACAAUGUUGAUAAACUCGUUGAAAUUGCUUUGGCAACACUCAAUGGCUUGGUUAAGAUAGCGAGAGAGAAAUUUGAUAUGAUGGAUGAAGAUGACGAAAACAAAGAUUUCAGUCCAAAGGCUAACACAUUCGGAAAGAUCUUAAAGGAUUCUUAUUUAGACAACAGCUCCUGCUGCCAUUCUCCAGUGACCCCAACUUCAGUCCUUCCUGAGUUGAUGAAUGCUUCUCUAAAAUCUUCUUAUUCCUCACCUCUUCUGUUGUCUCUCAGGGUUCAAGCAGUGGGGAAACUGAAUCCUAUUGAUGUGAAGCGACUGACAUUGCACAUGCUUCCCCAAAUGGGAGUCCAAGUUCCCAGUUCUUUGAACCAAAAGAAGAUUGUUAUUGAGGAACAAAAGGAAGAAGCAAAGGUUAAUUUUUCAGUGAUAAAAGCAUUAAUUGUUGAUGAAACCAGAGAUUCCGCUUCUCAAAAUGAGACAUUAGAGGAUCCACUUUCUAAAUCAGCCUAUGCAUAUGGUGAUAGAACAACAGAUGGAAGCAAUGCAGCACCACCAAAUGUCUCACCAACUCCACCAUCAUCACCAUCAGAGAUGCAACCUUCCGAGUUGUCGAGAGACAUAGAAGUAGCUACAGAAAAAUCACCAUCACCACCACCAACACCAGCAGAAGUGUUAUCGCAAGCAAAGUUGUCAACAGAUAUGGAGACAGACAUAAGACUACUCCCACCACAAGCACCAUCAGCUCCAUCGGCAGAAGUUUUAUCGCCAACCUCACCAUCACAGCCAGGAAAACUGUUAACAGAGAUGGAAAUAGACAUAAGAUCGCUUCCACCACUGCCGCCGCCACCACCACCACCACCACCAUUAUUCUUGCAGCCAAAUGUAGUAUCAGGAGGACCACCAUUGCCCCGGCCCCCGCCCCUAUUCCCAAUGCCACAACCAAAUGUAGAAGCUGCACUACCAACACUAGUAGCAUUAGAACCGCAGUUGCCCUCACCACCACUUUCAACGCUGACAAAAACAGCAGCAACUGGAAUACCAUUGCCGCCGCCAGCACCACCUGCAACGCCAUUGAAGUCAAAUAUAGGGGCAACAGGAGCAACCCUUCCACCACCACCUCCAGUCCCAUUGCAGUCAAAAGUAGUGGCAAAAAGGGCACCACUACCACCACCACCACCACCACCAUCUGGAAGCGCGUUAAGAACACCGCCCCCACCACCACCCAUGAUGCUUUCAAAAGGAUCAGGACCAUUGCCCCCGGCACCACCUCCCAUGUUCCUGGCGAAUGGAGCUGCUCCACCACCUCUUCCACCUGGUGCAGCAAAAUCCUUGCGCCCCAAGAAAGCGAAUACUAAAUUGAAGAGAUCAAGUCAUAUGGGCAAUCUAUAUCGGGUUCUCAAGGGCAAAGUAGAAGGACGUCCUAUGCAAGGCCAAUCAUCUAAUGGAAAAAAGAGUGGGGUUGGAAGCCGCGCCAGUGGGAAACAAGGGAUGGCUGAUGCAUUAGCAGAGAUGACGAAGAGAUCAGCUUACUUCCAACAAAUAGAAGAAGAUGUUCAGAAAUAUUCAAAAUCAAUCACAGAGCUCAAAACUGCCAUCAGCACAUUCAAUACAAAGGACAUGACUGAGCUGCUUGCGUUCCACAAAUAUGUAGAAUCCAUUCUCGAGAACUUAACAGAUGAAACUCAGGUUCUAGCAAGGUUUGAAGGCUUCCCCACAAAAAAGUUGGAGGCAUUAAGAACAGCAUCAGCACUUUACUCGAAGUUAGAAUCAAUGAUGACUGAACUACAAAACUGGAAGAUUGAGUCUCCUUUGGCAAAGCUUCUUGAUAAGCUUGAACGUUACUUCAACAAGAUCAAAGGGGAUGUAGAUGCCCUGGAGAGAGCCAAGGAUGAAGAAUCCAAGAAAUUUAAGAGCCACAAUAUCGAUUUUGACUUCCAGAUUCUUGUACGAAUAAAAGAAGCAAUGGUUGAUAUUUCCUCCAACUGCAUGGAGUUGGCAAUGAAGGAGAGAAGAGAAGUAAAGUUGGCAGAAAAUGAAGGGUCCAAAACCAAAGCGGAAGCACAGAAGAAGGUGUGCGUUAAAAUGCUGUGGAGGGCUUUCCAAUUCGCUUUCCGGGUUUACACAUUUGCUGGAGGACAUGAUGAUCGUGCAGACAAGCUGACCCGAGAACUGGCUCACGAAAUCGAGACUGAUCCUUAA